GUCCAAUUCCUUCGGGCAUGUUUUAGGUUAUAAGCUAUGCUGAGGUUAUAAACAUAUAUAUAACCGCAUUAUUUUGUUAUUGUUAAAUAAUAUUAAAAAAGAAACUCUUUCAAAAUGGUUAAAAAGAAAAUUGAUAACCGUAUACGAGUCAUGAUUGAAAAUGGUGUAAAACUAAGACACCGUACCAUGUUUUUACUUGUGGGUGACAAAAGUAGAGACCAGGUUCCCAUAUUGUAUGAUAUGCUGGUGAAGUCUACAGUAAAAGCGCGACCUUCAGUUUUAUGGUGCUACAAAAACAAAGAUGAAGCCAUCAGCAAUCAUGGAAGGAAAAGGGCGAAGAAAAUAGCAGCAGGUAAAUUAGAGGUGUCGGAAGAGUCUUUGUUUGAUGCAUUCAGAGUUGCGACAACUAUACACGGACGGUACUACUCUGAGAGCCAUGCUAUGCUCGGACAGACAUAUGGAGUGUGUGUAUUACAGGAUUUUGAAGCUCUCACACCCAAUUUGAUGGCACGUACAAUAGAAACAGUAGAGGGUGGUGGACUUAUUAUAUUCCUGCUCAAAACUAUGGAUUCUUUAAGACAACUGCAUUCAAUCACUAUGGAUGUGCAUUCCAGAUUCAAGACAGAAGCGCACGACACAGUAGUGAAUAGAUUCAACGAGAGAUUUCUCCUGUCUCUGGCAGACAACCCUCGCUGCCUGAUUUUGGAUGAUAACCUCACCGUGCUGCCGAUAUCUUCCAAGACUGCUCAGGUGGAGCCUGUUGAUGCCGUCCCUGAGCGAGUGAAUCCGAAGCUGACAGAACUAGUGUCGUCUCUCUCCGACUCUCCGCCCGCCGGGCCUCUAGUAGCUCUCUGUCGCACAUACGACCAGGCGACCGCAUUAGUGGCUCUUAUAAACACACUCGCUGAUAAGCAAAGCAGGCCUCCUCACUGCCUCACGGCGGCUCGAGGUCGAGGCAAGUCCGCGUGCCUCGGCCUCGCCGUGGCGGCCUCGGUCGCUCUCGGCUACGUCAACAUUUACGUCACCUCCCCCCACCCGGAAAACUUGAUAACUCUCUUCGAGUUUGUUCUCAAAGGGUUAGACGCGUGUCUGUAUCAGGAACACAUAGAUUACAACAUUGUGAGGUCAACGAACCCGGAUUUUAAGAAGGCGAUCGUGAGGAUCAAUGUUUCCAGGAAUUCGAGGCAGACUGUACAGUACAUAACACCGGACGACCACUCGCUCCUGUCAGCCGCGGACCUGGUCCUCGUGGACGAGGCGGCAGCAAUCCCGCUCCCGCACGUGUCGGCCGCCGCCGCCCGCGCCCCCCUGGCGCUGCUGUCGUCGACAGUGUCCGGGUACGAGGGCACGGGACGGGCGCUCUCGUUGAAACUCUUCGCUCAACUGCAGACCAAACACAACGCGCCGCCGCCGAUAAAAUUAGAAGAACCUAUUAGAUACCGCAGCGGCGACCCGAUAGAAUCGUGGCUCAACUCCCUGCUUUGUCUGGAAGCGCCCACUCCUUCAGUAGGAGUGGGAGCGCCGCCGCCCGCUGCCUGCGAGUUAUUCCGCGUGAACAGAGACGCGCUGUUCUGCUACCACAAGGCGGCUGAAGCGUUCCUACAUCGGCUGGUAGCCAUUCUGGUCGCCAGCCAUUAUAAGAACAGUCCAAACGACAUCCAGCUGCUGGCGGAUGCGCCUGCGCACUGUUUGUUCGUACUUCUUGCGCCGACGCCGCCCAACGCCACCUCUAUGCCGGAAGUACUCUGCGUGAUACAGAUGUGUUUGGAAGGCAGUAUAUCAGAAAAAUCAGUGAGCGCCAGCCUGGGCCGCGGUCGCAAGGCGGCCGGGGACCUCAUCCCCUGGAACGUGUGUGAGCAGUUCGGGGACCGGGACUUCCCAAAACUAUCCGGGGCCAGGGUCGUCAGGAUCGCUACACACCCCUCUUACCAGCGGAUGGGCUACGGCAAGCGGGCCCUGCAACAACUAGCAGCGUACUACAGCGGCGCCAUCCCGUGCCUGGACGAGGCGGACGACGAUGAAGACAACAUCAACACUAACUCCGGGACGCUGCACACUGAGACUAUAGUGCCAAGGGCGAAACCACCAACCCUUCUAAAACGGUUAUCGGAAAUGAGAGCGGAGCACCUCGACUACAUCGGAACUAGUUUCGGACUCACGGAGGAGUUACUCAAGUUUUGGAAAUCUCAGAAAUAUGUACCCGUUUAUUUAAGCCAAAAAACAAACGAUCUAACAGGCGAACACUCUUGCCUAAUGUUACGGUCACUUCACAAGGCGCCGUGGCUCGCGGCCUACAGCGCCGACUUCCGCUUGCGGCUGUCCAGGCUGCUGGCGAGGACUCUGAGGAGGCUGCCAGCCUCCUUGGCACUCUCCACGCUGGUCAACGACAACGUCGCUAUCGAUAAACCUGUGCUGACCAAAGAGCUGAUCGCCCAACACCUGUCUAACCACGAUCAGUCCCGAUUAGAAGCGUACUGUCGGCAGCAGGCGGACUACAGGCUCAUCACUGAUUUGUUAGCGCCGCUUGCGCAGAUUGUGUUCCAUACUACGGCCAAUGUCAGGCUGGACGUCAUCCAGCAGGUGAUAUUCAUAGCAAUGGGCUUCCAAAUGAAGGAUGUAGACGACAUAUCGUCGGAGCUGGGUCUGCCUGGAUCUCAGAUAUUGGCCAAGUUCUAUGAGGCGUGCAAGAAGAUCAACUCUUGUAUAAACGCUAUUCUAGAAGACUCCGUCGCGAAAGAGAUAGGCAUAGAUGAGAAGAGUUCGGACUUGAGCGCGGGUGUGGUGAAACAGAGUCUCAGUGAGGAGCUGAAUAAAGCGGCUAAGGAAUUAGAGCGAAAGCAGCGGAAAGAAUUAUCUCGCUUGAUGGGGGAGGACCUAGCGCAGUACCGCAUCAAGGGCUCCGACAUGGAGUGGGGGCAGGCGCUCGCGGGCUCCAAGCAGAAACACCUCGUCUCCGUCAAGAGCGGUGAGAAGCGCCUCGGAGAAGACAGCAAAGAGAUCGAUGACUUGAUAGAAGCACACAACAACAAGGCUAAGAAGAAAAAGAAACACGUCCGGAAUUAGAUAAUAAAUUGUUGAAUAAUUAUCA